UGACGUCACAGCAGCGCCCGCAUCAGCUCGAGCUCGUACAUGGCCAGGAAGCAGUGUGACGUAACCAGGACCCUAAAGAUGGCGGCGUUAGUUGCGCCCCGUUUGUCCAUGUUUGGCUGCUUUUCAACGAGGUCUAUUUCAGUGUUUGCUGUCCAUCAGAGAAGUCUGCACAACGGUGCAAAAAGUGAGAACACCACCACGAGCGUGGUUCCAGUCAGGGAGAAGAGCACGGCGGUGGCAGCCGCCAAACCGUCAGCUGUAGCCAGCAGCAAAGGGGAGUAUGCCAUCACUAAGCUGGACGACUUGGUUAACUGGGCACGCAGGAGCUCCCUGUGGCCUAUGACCUUCGGCCUGGCCUGCUGCGCCGUGGAGAUGAUGCACAUGGCGGCGCCUCGUUAUGAUAUGGACCGCUUCGGUGUGGUGUUCAGAGCGAGCCCUCGACAAGCGGAUGUCAUGAUUGUGGCUGGAACGCUGACCAAUAAGAUGGCUCCCGCUCUGCGGAAGGUGUAUGACCAGAUGCCCGAGCCAAGAUACGUCAUUUCCAUGGGAAGCUGUGCUAAUGGAGGGGGCUACUACCACUACUCCUACGCUGUCGUCAGAGGUUGUGAUCGAAUCGUACCGGUGGACAUUUAUGUUCCAGGUUGUCCCCCCACUGCAGAGGCUCUCCUCUACGGGACUUUACAGCUGCAGAAGAAAAUCAAACGUGAGAAGAAGUUGAAGAUCUGGUAUCGAAAAUGAAUGUGUGACGUGUGUGCGCUUGUAUCUGGUAUGUAAAUGUUGUACUUUAGGUUUCAUUUGGAGCGCUGCUCCUCCUCUAUGUAAAUCUGCAGGAUCCAACUUCAAUAAAACCGUCAUUGUAAUUUA